AUCGGAUCAAGCUGGCCGUCGCUGAGUGACACCGCUCACCUCGCCUCGCCUCAGGGAGGAAAGAAGAGGACCUCCACUUCUCCAGGGCCGCCACCGUCUAAAAACCAGCAGCCAUGAAGUAGGCUAUUUGGCACCUGCCACACCUCCACCUCUAUUUUCCCAUCCAUUUGGAGGAAGACUUACAAACCAAACAAAACAGCUACACACAUUUUUUUGAACAAUGAGUACUUACACUGUGACACUCAACGGACCUUCGCCAUGGGGCUUCCGCUUGCAGGGAGGCAAGGAUUUCAACAUGCCCCUCACCAUUUCCCGGAUCACACCUGGGAGUAAAGCAGCUGCAGGUAACCUGGUUCAAGGUGACAUCAUCGUGGCCAUCGACGGAGUCAGCACUGACGGGAUGACUCACCUUGAGGCCCAGAACAAGAUCAAAAGUGCCAACUUCAACCUGGCCCUCACCAUGACAAGGUCAAAGCGCCCCGCCCCUGUACCCAUGGCGACGCCAAGAAUUGAUGCUCCAAUGCCUGUCAUCCCUCAUCAGAAGGUUAUUACCAACACACCUGCCAACACUGAGUACCUCCCCAGUUUCAACCCCAUUGCCCUGAAGGACACUGCUCUUUCUACCAACAAGCCCAUAGAGGUGAAGGGGCCUGGAGGCAAGGCCACCAUCAUCCACGCCCAGUACAACACCCCUAUUAGCAUGUACUCACAGGAUGCCAUUAUGGAUGCCAUUGCUGGUCAGUCUCAGGCCAGGGGUGCUGAGCUGUCUGGUAGUCUGCCAGUUAAAGACCGUGUUAUAGACAGUGCUUCCCCAGUGUAUCAGGCCGUGGUCCCCAGCGAGGGCCAGGAGCUGGAGCCUGCUGAAUGGGCCAGAAGAGCCGCCCAGCUGCAGUCCAAGUCCUUCCGCAUCCUCGCCCACAUCACUGGCACUGAAUACAUGCAAGACCCAGAUGAGGAAGCUCUUGCAAGAGCAAGGGAAAGGUUUGAGUCGGAAUCUAAAGGCCCUCGUUUUGCUAAAUUGAAAAACUGGCACCAUGGCCUGUCUGCCCAAAUCCUUAAUCUGUCUUGCAGACUGCCUGCUGCAGAAAUUAACUCUCUAAUUAAAGCAUGUAAACACAUGCCUGUUGUGUGUUUAUAUGCAGACAGCAACCUGACACAGGCUUGCUGUUUGUCUGUAUAUAUGACUCUGGCUCUAUGUAUGAUUUUUUCAAUCCACCCCAACCUCCUAUGCAGUACGCCUGUCCAGCAUGCUCCAGUCUCCACCAGCAUCACGUCUGCUGCUCUGCCUGCUACCGCAGCUUUGCCCAAUCAGCUCGCCAAUGAGCCGCAGAUAGCCAAUCAGGCGCCUGAGCUUGACGCUGAGCAGCCUUCAGAAUCUGCCCCUGUAGACCCAACCCAAAACAGCUUCACCAUGCAGUCUGCGUCUGGUUACAGAUCACAGUACCAAACCUCCACCUCCAGUGCAUACAUGCAGCCACCUCCCAUGCAGCUACCUCCCAUGCAGCCACCUCACAUGCAGCCAGCCCCGCCCAUGCAGCAGCCUCUGCCCAAGCAGCACAGCUCCAUACAGAUUCCUGUAGGUCCACCUCCACCUAAAGUGGUCAGCAGCACCACCAUUGUGCCUACGGCCUAUCCUGGUGCUCCAGCACCAGCCCCAAUACCAGCACCAGUUCACAUUCCUAUCCAUGCUCCUGCCCAGCCUGCACCUGUCCCCGCUGCACCCUCCAACAGACCCCCUUGGGUUACAGAUGACACCUUUGCCCAGAAGUUUGACCCCUGUAAGACCACUACCACCAGUAUCAAAGUGCAGCCUCUUCCCACAGCUGCCCCACCAGCUCCUGCCUAUAUCCCCAACCCGGCCCCUGUUCCAGCACCCCCUGCCGCCCCUAGCCCUGCUUUCAACCCUGCCCCCUCUCCUUUCAAUCCUGCCCCUUUCCCACCAGUGGCACGUGGGGUUGCCCAGAGAGCGGAGCGCUUUGCAGCCAGCAACAGGACACCUAUGUGUGCAUUCUGCAACAAUAUUAUCAGGGGACCUUUCCUGGUGGCACUGGGCCGCUCAUGGCAUCCAGAGGAGUUUAAUUGCCAUUACUGCCACACAUCUCUGGCUGACAUUAGUUUUGUGGAGGAGCAGAAUAACGUUUACUGUGAGAACUGUUACGGAGAGUUCUUCGCCCCUACUUGCGCCCGCUGCAGCACUAAGAUCAUGGGGGAAGUGAUGCAUGCUCUGCGACAGACCUGGCACACCACUUGCUUUGUGUGUGCUGCAUGUGGGAAACCCUUUGGAAACAGCCUCUUCCAUAUGGAAGAUGGAGAGCCUUACUGUGAAAAAGAUUACGUUGCUUUGUUUAGCACUAAGUGCCAUGGCUGUGACUUCCCAGUGGAGGCCGGAGACAAGUUUAUUGAGGCUCUUGGCCACACAUGGCAUGACACUUGCUUUGUUUGUGCGGUUUGCCAUAUAAACUUGGAGGGCCAGCCCUUCUACUCCAAGAAGGACAAACCUUUGUGCAAGAAGCACGCUCAUGCCAUCAAUGUGUAGAACCAUCCUCGGUGAAGUGAUCCUACUGGCCACUGCCUUUGUUUUGGCUCAGGCUCCUUUGGGAAAGGGCUCAGAGCCAGUCCAGAUUACAUGGAACAUAUCAGUGAAAACAGCAAAAAUCACACAUGUACCCACUAAUAUUAAAACAGUUGAGUAAAAACUUUUUUAGUUUAAUUUAAUUGAACUAAUGAGUAUUCAUUGUGCUCUGAUGCAUGGGCAUAGAUCUUUCUUAAUGCAAUUUGCUCCUGAGGCCAACAUGCAUUGAGAGCUCUAAGAGUAAAAAGCAACAAAAAUAUAUUUUUCAGGCAAACUCACUUGAUAUGAUUGUGUAAUUAUGCAUGUUGCCUUUAUAUACAUAUGCAAUAUGCUGAUUUUAUUUGGG